AUGUCUUCCUAUCUGAGCUCGGCAAGUGCAAGCAUCUUGGAGUACGAUGUUGAGCAAGGCCGACUUUGCGUCGAGCACGCCUUCCCAGCAGACGCGCAUCCGACUCCCAAAGCUUAUAUCGAUAUGAAUGUUGUCUUAGGAAGCAUGAAACGACAGGACCUGGGCAUUGGUAUGUGGCUGAAUACCGUAGGCUAUGUGCGACCAUCGCUCGAGGACUCCUCUGGAGCUCUUCCGAGCCUGGUGCAGAUACCCAUCGUUCAGGCUGUCAUGAUGUGGCCUGCUGGCAGUCUCAACGUUCAACGAUACGAGACUACUUUGCAAGCCACUAUUGCCCAUCUGCGGACUAGCCAAAGGCCGCCUUUCUACGAGUCUGAGGACAGCGACAGUGAGAGCGACGAAAGCUGA